AUGUCCCUGUCGUUCUCUAAAAAGUUGAAAUUUCAAAUUCAAAGUCAUUUUAUUAAACCACUUUCAGGUCAGCUGCCCUUCUCCAUUCGAGUCCUCUUGGAAUCGGCAGUGCGCAACUGCGACAACUUCCACAUCCUGGAGAAGGAUGUCCAGAGCAUCCUGGGCUGGUCUCCAGCCCUCAAACAGGGCUCUACCGAUGUCGAGGUCUCCUUCAAGCCAGUUCGAGUGAUUUUGCAUGACUACACAGGAGUUCCAGCCGUGGUGGACUUGGCAGCCAUGCGGGAUGCCGUGGUGGAACUGGGGGGCAACCCUGAGAGCAUCAACCCCGUGUGUCCUUCCGUCUUCGUGGCGGACCACUCUGUGGCAGUGGACUUCGCCCGGUCUCCGGAUGCAAUGGCCAAGAACCAAGCCCUGGAGUUUGAGCGCAACAAGGAGCGUUUUACUUUCAUAAAGUGGGGCGCCCAGGCCUUUAAUAACCUCAUGGUUGUCCCACCUGGUGGGGGAAUCAUCCACCAAGUGAAUCUGGAAUACUUGGCGCAUGUGGUCUUCGAGGAGGACGCUGCCGACGGUUCCAAGAUCCUGUAUCCGGACUUCGUCGUCGGCACUGACUCCCACAGCACCAUGAUCAACGGCAUCGGGGUACUGGGAUGGGGAGUGGGCGGAAUCGAGGCGGAGGCCGUGAUGCUGGGACAGUCCAUUGCCAUGAUGUUGCCGGAGGUGAUUGGGUUCAAGCUGGUGGGAAAGCUCGGGCCCCUUGUCACCUCCACGGAUGUCGUGCUGACCAUCACCAAGUUGCUCCGGCAGCUGGGAGUGGUGGGGAAGUUUGUGGAAUUCUACGGCCCGGGAGUGGCGGAGCUCAGCAUUGCCGACCGAGCCACCAUCAGUAACAUGUGCCCGGAGUACGGAGCCACUGUGGCGUUCUUCCCCGUCGACGAGAAUACCUUGGACUACAUGAGGCAGUCAAAUCGCUCGGAGAAGAAAAUAGAUAUUAUUCGGGAGUAUCUUAAGGCCACCCAGCAGCUGCGGAACUAUGCAGACGAGUCCCAAGACCCGAAGUACACCCAUACCAUUUCCUUGGAUUUGGCCACUGUUGUGUCCUCCGUAUCAGGGCCCAAGCGUCCCCACGACCAUGUCCCCGUCUCCGACAUGCCGCUAGACUUCAAGUCCGGUCUCUCCAAGGCACUGGGCUUCAAAGGCUUUGGCAUUGCCCCGGAGGCACUGAAAGCUACUGGGGAAGUGCCGUGGACGGAUGGAAAAACCUAUAAGCUGAGCCAUGGCUCCGUAGUCCUCGCCGCCAUCCCGUCCUGCACCAACACCUCGAAUCCCUCGGUUAUGCUAGGAGCCGGUCUGUUGGCCAAAAACGCGGUGGAAAAGGGUCUCAACGUUGCGCCUUACAUCAAGUCCUCCCUUUCUCCCGGCUCCGGAGUGGUCACCUGCUACCUUAAGGAGUCUGGGGUGCUCCCCUAUUUGGAGAAGAUCGGCUUCAACAUUGUGGGUUAUGGUUGCAUGAGCUGCAUCGGCAACUCUGGACCUUUGGACGAGAGUGUAGUCAACGCCAUUGAGAAGAACGGUCUGGUCUGUGCGGGAGUGUUGUCAGGCAACAGGAACUUUGAAGGUCGCAUCCAUCCCAGCACCCGGGCCAACUACUUGGCCAGCCCUCUCCUGGUUAUAGCCUACGCCAUCGCCGGAAGAGUGGACAUUGACUUUGAGAAGGAACCCCUGGGCGUGGAUGCCCAAGGAAAGAAGGUCUUCCUGCAGGACAUCUGGCCCACGCGGUCUGAAAUUCAGGAGGUAGAGAGCAAGCAUGUUAUCCCGGCCAUGUUCCAGGAGGUCUACAGCAAGCUGGAACUGGGCUCCAAGGACUGGCAGUCGCUGAAGGCGCCUGAAGGCAAGAUAUUCUCAUGGGACGCCGAGUCCACCUACAUCAAGCGACCCCCUUAUUUCGAGGGCAUGACCCGCGAUCUGCCAAAGCAGCAGAGCAUCAAGCAGGCUCGCUGUUUGGCCUUCCUGGGAGACUUCGUGACCACGGACCACAUCUCUCCAGCAGGAACCAUUGCCAGAACAUCGCCGGCAGCCCGAUUCCUCGCAGAGAGGAAUAUCACCCCGAAGUAUUUCAACUCGUACGGAUCGAGACGCGGCAAUGAUGCCGUCAUGGCGCGUGGAGCGUUUAGCAACAUUCGUUUGGGCAACAAGCUGACGUCGAAGCCAGGUCCUCGGACUCUUCACAUACCCAGCCUGGAGGAAAUGGACGUCUUCGAUGCUGCCCAGAGGUAUCGGGAGGAGGGUACACCGCUAAUCCUGGUGGUGGGUAAGGACUAUGGCAGUGGCAGUUCCAGGGACUGGGCCGCAAAGGGCCCCUAUAUGCUGGGAGUAAAGGCGGUCAUCGCGGAGUCGUACGAGCGCAUCCACCGCUCGAACCUGGUGGGCAUGGGCAUUAUUCCCCUGCAAUUCCUGCCAGGACAGAGCGCCGAGACGUUGAAACUGAAUGGACGCGAAUCCUACCACAUUACUCUGCCGGAGAGUGGCCUGAAACCGUGCCAGAAGAUCCAAGUGAAGGCUGAUGAAACCGAAUUUGAAACCAUUCUGCGCUUUGAUACCGAGGUGGACAUCACAUACUACAAAAAUGGCGGCAUUCUGAACUACAUGAUCCGGAAGAUGAUCUCUUAGGAGGAUUUCCUUUAAUUUCUUUUAUUAUU